UGGUAUAGCAUGAGAGAGAACUAGCAUUUCCUUUGCUGUCAUCGUAGAUGACAGUGUUGAGAGAAGUGAUUGGUAGUCAAAUGCCUACUGUGCUGGGCCAGCAGUCUGGAGAGUGGCCACUGCUCUUGUGACUUGGGAGGAGAGACAGUUUCAGGAAAUACUCACUUCAAUUGGAGAAUUAAAACGGCACCUAAACAGAGCCGUUAUUUGACUUUCUUCUUCAGAACCCAUGUUUUCACAUCUGUUUUUUGACUGUGUCCUGCUCAUGCUGCUACUGCUUACAAGUUCUUUGAAAGGGGCUUAUGUGUCUCAGGUGGGUCAGAAUGCUGAUCUGCCCUGCACCUACUCUCCAGCUACUACUGAGAAUCUCGUGCCUGUGUGCUGGGGCAGGGGACCCUGCCCUGUGUUUGAAUGUUACAGUUUGGUGCUCAGGACUGAUGGAAGGAAUGUGACCUUUCAGACAUCCAGCAGAUACCUACUAAAGAGGGAUUUGCACAAAGGAGACGUGACCUUAACCAUAAAGAAUGUGACUUUAGCUGACAGUGGGACCUAUUGCUGCCGGAUCCAAUUCCCAGGGCCAAUGAAUGAUCGAAAAUCAAACCUGGAGUUGAUCAUCAAACCAGCCAAGGUCACUCCAGCUUGGACUCCAUGGAGGGGCAUCACUACAGCCUUUCCAAGGAUGCUCACCACAAAGGGACCUGUCUCAGAGACGCAGACACUGGAGACCCUCCGUAAUAAAAAUCAGACAGAAAUAUCCACACUGGCUACUGAGUUACAAGAUAUGGGUGCCACCACCACCACAGGCCUCUACAUAGGAGCAGGAGUCUCUGCUGGGCUGGCUCUGAUUCUUAUCUCUGGUGGUUUCAUUCUCAAAUGGUAUUCUGAUAGAAAAGAGAAGAUACAAAAUUCCAGCCUCAUCACUUUGGCCAACCUUUCUCCUUCAGGGUUGGCAAAUACAGCAGCAGAGGUGAUUCACCCAGAGGAAAACAUCUAUAUCAUUGAGGAAAACGUAUAUGAAGUGGAGGAUCCAUACGAGUAUUACUGCUCCGUCAAGAGUGGGCAGCAAUCCUAACAGCCUCUGGGCUGCUGUCACCUUUCAACGCCACCAGACUCAGCCACUUCAUUUUGGGGCUUGGUGUUGUCUUCUUUGAAAACAUGAGAUGGCUCAGCUGACUGAUUUUAGAAAUUCUGUCCUUGGCCACCGAGCAGUGUUUUUCCAUAUUUUAAAGAUAACUAGCUCACUCGAGGAUUGAGCUGGGACCUGUGUGGUAAUACACAGGCACUACAUUGCCUCUGUGUUCCAUCCCCCCAACUCAGAGACUGCUAACUGGGACAUUAGCGCUCAAGUGGGCUUUUACCGAGAGUAAGAAUUAUUAAUAUGGGCUCUCUGGAAUUCUAGAUAUUCGAUUACAUUGUGUGUCCAUGAAACACCUGAAAAUACAGGGGAAAUUACGUGCUGAGAUGUAUGUGUGUCUUUUUCCAUACAGGAAGUCUAAAGGGGUCACUGAUUCUCAAAGAACUCUGUGAUCCACAGAACGGGUUAGGAAACUACUGGAGCAGGACUAGAUCGUCUUGAUUCCCUAAAAGCCUCAUGUUUUAUACUUCUUGAAUGUUGACUCUGCAACAGUAAGUGCCAAAGCACAGUUCUCCUUGGUUUCAGUUAAGAAGAUGGCCCAGCAAGGCCUGUGGUGUGGCAGAUGCUCCUGGAGAAAAGGGAAGUACGAUCAGUGUGUGUUGACCAGUUUUGCUUGGGGUGUACUCAAAGGGAAAGAUCUCUGACCGACUUCUCCAUUCAUGGAGAGAAAUGGAGCAGUGUUUUUCAUAAAAGAAGAAGCAAUGACUGGGACAGAAAUUCUGUUUCCUGGUGGAAAGUAGGUAAAGGUCUCUAGCCGUCUUUAUUUGUCAGUUGGAUCCCUUUGUGCUUCGACAAUGGUCCUUAAGCUUCAGUGCCAGGAUGUUGGAUAGUAGGUCCAUCUUGCCUGUUUUUUUCCUUCCCAGUUAUGGCACAACUCUGACACAUAAUAGAGAUCUACCUAAUAUCUUUGGAGUGAAAAAAUUAAAUAAGCAGAAAGGUAAAUUUCUGGAAAACUUUUCCAUUGGAGAAUUCAGAUAGAGCUCUGUACGUUCACUUGUUGGGGAACUCAAAAAUACUCUUAAGCGCCUGUUUCUGGUCUUGUCCAGCUCUUAGUUUCUCAGCAUCUUCUUCCAGCUCAGGCCCUGGAAGUCUGUUCCUCUCCUGUCUUUCUCCUUUCUGGUAGAUGAAUCAACAGUAGAGACCUGCCUGAAAAUGGCAGUCUCUGGGUGAUGACUAAACUGCUACUGUGUUGCAUGCAAGAGAUGUUGCUCACCAGGGAUGCAGGCAGCCUGUUUGUUACAGUGUUCAAGCUGCGUCUAUACAGGAUUGGGAAGCAUUGGUUUUCUACUGGAGAUUUGAAAGGGAGAACAUUUUGCAGAGUUUCAGUCAGUGGCUUUUAAACAAGCUGAAAAAUUAAUCUUAAGUGUUUUUAAUUUAUGAAAUUCUAGAUGGAAGAGGUUUCAGAACACAUUUAAACCAGGUCAAUGAUUGUCCCACAAAAGGUUUGUUUUUUUUUUUCAAAAGUAAUUCUUAUCCUAAAAAAGUCUUUAAACAAGGAUGUAAUAUAUAAGAACAACUAUUGCAACAGUGUUUGGGAGAGACUUUUUCCAUGAAUUGGGGAAUAGCUGAUUAUUGUGCUAUUGUCAACACACUGGAACAGUUAAAAAAAAAUUAGGUGGCUUCAUCAUUGAGUUGUUUUGCUAGUUCAACAGACACUAAGUGCUUACCUUGUGCCAGGUUCUCUGGUGCUGGGAUCACAGAGACCAAAUAGACAUAUCCCUGACCCCAUGGAACUUCUGACUGAUCUGAUAGGAAGGAGGAUUUCAUUCAUUCAUGCAGUGAACAUGUUUUGGCACCUACUUUGUGCCAGACAGUGUUUUAGUUCCUAUAAAUAUAGCAGUGAAGGAAAUAGACAAAAUCCCUAGUUUCACAGAGCUUGUGUUACUUGUCAAAGGAGAAAUAUAUGUUGCUAAUAAAAAGAAAAAGGUUCUAGAAUAGUUAAUUCUAUUUUUUUCUUUUACUGUAAAAUAUUCCAGAAGUAAUUCCAAAGUUAAUAUGGUUAUUCCACAGGGGCAAAUAGUCAAGAGUUUCACUUUUUCCUUUUAUGUGCUUCUAUAACUGUUUGAAUAAUUUUCUCCAUUUUUUUGUAAUAAAAAAUUUGAUUUAAGUA